AUGGAUGAAGAUGGUGUGAUCAGAGGAACAUGGAGUUCAGAAGAAGAUGCAAAGCUCAAAGAACUGGUAGAGCAGCACGGCCCGCGUAAUUGGUCAGUGAUUUGCAAGGAGAUCCCCGGCCGCUCCGGCAAGUCGUGUCGGUUGCGUUGGUGCAAUCAGCUGAGCCCCGACGUCGAGCACCGCCCGUUCACGGUGGAGGAGAACAAUAUUAUAGCUCGGGCCCAGGAACGCUAUGGGAACAAAUGGGCGACUAUCGCUCGCCUUCUACCUGGUCGUACUGAUAACGCCAUUAAGAAUCACUGGAACUGCACUCUGCGCCGUCUUAAGCGCACUUCAGCUUCUUCAUUAUCUGAUUUGGAGGUAGAAGUUGAUGAGAAAAAAAGAGCGCGAGGGAAAAAUGUGAUGAUGGAGAAAGAUCAGGAUCCGAUAACAAUUCUUUCUCUGAGUUUGCCCGGAGGAGGAGGAGGAGCUGGUGGUGGUGGUUUGAAGGGGGAGGAGAAAAAAGAUUCAGGAGAUGGGUUUUUUGGACGUAGUGACCGAGAAGGUAGGAGGAAAAGUUGA